AUGCAUUUUAUAUUUACAUUUCCGAUCACUGGUAAUCCUGUGAGGGUUUUCACGGUCGAGUCGUUCGAACAACUCGACAAGUCGCUCGCCGAUUCACUCACAUGGGACAUGUGCAAAACUGAGUUCAGUAAGUCAUUUUUCCUUGCCCACCAAAAUUUUCUUCCUUACGAAGAGGAUGAGCUCACACUUACAUAUUUAGCACGUCCCACUCAUCUUUUCGUGCUGAAAACUCGUAAAGGGGGGCCUGGCACUCCGGACAUCAUUUGUGGCCCAGAUCGUGUCGGAGUUCGAGCGUCCACCAAGAAGCCGUUCGACGGCUACGUUUUCGUUAUGGACCAUUUCCAUCAGGAAGAAUGUCGAGCAGGUCCGGAGAAGUUUUCCGAUUCAAGAAGCAUCGGCAUCACCGUGCCAUUUAUGACCAAGGUCGAUCAAAUGGUGAAAAUUCAGUGCUUCUAUAUGGAGGCUGACAAAAGAGUCACCGUACCACUAUCCGUCAGUAUGAUUACCACUCAGUUCCGUGAGAAAAGUGUAUCAAAUGCCGCAAUGCUCGUACACUCUCAGAAAAGGCAGCCCAAAUGGCGAAAUCGUCCGUUAUGCGACACUUGGAGAAAGCGUUUUUCAUCGGUGAGUUGGGAGUGCAUAGAAGUUGAGAAAAAGGACACGUUUGGAAUGCUGGUUCACUCGUGCUAUGUGGAUAAUGGAUUCGGCGAUCGAGUCGAUAUACUCGGACCAAAAGGGUGUGGUCUCGACGCUGUCCUCUUAUCGACGCCAGAGUAUGACAGUUCACUUCGUCUCGCGACCAAAGCCUACCACGUCUUCAAAUACGCUGACCGUCCAGUUUUGCAAUUCCAGUGUCAGAUAACGCUGUGCCUAAAGUAUGACGGUGGUUGUGACGGUAUCACCCCUCCAAAAGACUGCCCUUCACUGCCUGGUGAAGAUGGCCAUCACCAUCAUCACGGACGUCGAAGAAAG